CACUCUCUGCCAAGGAAGAGCGAAAGGGUGGAUAGAGGAGGGGAGAGGCAGAGUAAAGGAGGUAGUCUGGGGGGAACGAGGAGCAGAGGAGGAGGUACUCCUGACACAGACCUGGAUUGGCCCGAGGAGGAGGAGGGUCAGGUGGUCAGCCACAGAGGUCAGAGUUUAGGGGAUAAGGACAACGGGAAACGCACCCAGAGUUUACCCAAGAACAGACAGGAAGUGGAGGAGGAGGAGGUGAGGCCCAGCGAGGCCAAACAGAGGUCAAAACAGCAGAGGAGCAGGGAAAUGCAGAGUAAGAGGGAAAAGAACAGGAGAGAGAGGGGAGAUGAGACAGAGGAGCUUCCCAUCAGAAACACAGGUGAAGGUAAGAGGGAAGGGGGGAGGAGGGAGAGAGAAGAUUCUGGACCUGCAGAGAGAGCUCUCUUCUCCUUCCUCAAACCGCUGCAGGAUGGAGAGGCUGAGCUGUCUAAUGUGGAAUCAGGGGAAACAGGGACUUCCGGGGACAGCUUCUCUGACCAGGUCAGCCUGUCUGCAGCUUGCAUCUUCGGUUCCACCGCCCAAGACCCCGGGGACCAGAGAGGAGGCCCCUGGAGCACCCAGUCAUGGCUCCGGGCCAACCAUGCAUCCCACACCCCAGGCCCCUGGAGCAGCACACAGCCACAGAGGGCCACCGACAACAGUCCCUGGAUUAAACCUGACCUGCAGACGUCUCAGGUUUUGGUGGGAUACAGACUGACAGGAAACAGGCUGAGAGAAGGUCUUGACCUGUAG